UGUACAUGCCACAUACUCACGCAUGUAUCGAGUACAUGUGUUCAGAGUCUCGUGGUGUCUACACGGAGAAACGGUACUUUCAGUUUCAUUUGGGGUACCGCGAGUGCAAGAUCGAGCGUUACUCGCGGCUCAACCGAUAUUCUAGCAAGACGCGUUAAUACCCGCGUGAAAGUACAUCAACAUUUCCGAGGAAUAAACUCCAGUCAAUCCACCGAAUUACCCGCAACACUCAAAGACAGGUGAUCCACGAGGCAGAGAUUCCACGACCAAUUUGGCCAUCGCUAGGUAAUCGCGAUUGCAAUUUCGAGGGCCACGAGGAGAGCCUGUGCAAGUACUGCGGUUACACCAGGAUCUGUCCCCGUUCCAACAAGUGCAGAACAACCUGUCGUGAUAGCACGGCUCCAGGAGGAUCCGCCAGGGAUGUCCUCCUGGAAUUAUCGAGGACCCUGACAUCAGUCAUCGAUGGAGCCAGUGUCAUGACUGCCGAAGAGGUCCUCAGGGACAUCUCCAAGACCGUUGCCCAGGGGAUUCAGGGGAUCCAGAGAAGCUCAGGAGAGGAGCACGUGUAUAGGCAUUCGUCUACCCUGUCCAGUGGAGUGGGAAAGGAUUCAGUUAAUCCCGUUAAUUGGAGACUCUAUGGAAGAACUUGGACAACAAAUCCCGGAGGGAUUACGUCCUCCCAGGGUAAUCCCGAGGGAAAGACUCUACCAGCUCUUUUUCUUGUGCCACGGUGUCAUGGAAUUUGCCCAGGGGGAAUUGUUCGGUGCGCUGGGAAGAGUGCCAAGGAUGGGGGGAAUCCCACACCCAGGAAGGACGAGAACAAGAGGAAGAGGGCACCCUCCAGGAUGGAAGGGAACACAGUCAAGGGGUGCUAUCCCUCUAAUGAACCUGUGUACUCGACGCUGGACCCGAGCGACGAGUCCUCGGCCUACGGUGCUGUGGGGGAUCCCCCGAGGAAGUCCCCCUGGAAUCAAGAAAUCACUGUUUGUAAUAAACACUUGGAUUUCACCCUGGAUGGGGCACGUGCUGAGAGACUGGGUCGUACAAUAGCACGAGCAAAACGUCGUAGACAGUGGUGUCGUGCCCUCACCGCACUCUUCGGGCUAGUCUUCUUUAUACUGAGUGUCAUCGUCGUCUCCAUGUCCGUCACCAAAGGACGAAAGAUAUUCGGUAGCAUGUGACACCAGCCAAGGAUACCAUAUGUUUCUAAUCAAGUGUUAUGUCGCGGUUAUGUCGACAUCCCAAUUACGGGUUUUCUAAUUAAUUUUACUCGCUUAUUACGCAGAAGACAGUCUCGACUGAUACUUCGGCCAUACGUAUUUUCCAGUACCUUGUCAAGUUCAUUUUUUAUUUAGGAGAAUCAUUUAGAUUAAGACAUGUGCAGGUCGUUGACUUGCGCUAAGCAAUAUAAUGGCUGUGACCAUGGCGUUUCCAUCUUCAAUUAUGUUGUAUUUUAACUCUGUAUCAAUAAUUAUAUUAAACUACUUGAAUAUCGA